UGUGCGCGUCUCGUGCGCUUUGCUCGCGAGCGCGGCGGCCUCGGCUGGGAUGUUUUGUGCAGUCGCCAUUCCCUGGCGUGACGUCAUAGUGCAUUGUUGUGACUUGCGUAGCGGAGCAUCCCUCAAGCUGUCAGCUGUGUCGCCGCCGCCGCCGCCGCUGCGGGAGCGCGAGCCCGAGCCUGCCCAGCCCCCCGCCCGCUCGCCGUCCCCGCGCCCCUCCCUCGGGGGUUCUCGGACUCCACGUCACCGCCUCGUUGUCUGUGCGGGACCCUCGGGCUCCCCCGCCCUCCCCCCGCCCCGUCCCCGCACGUUCCGUCCCGCCCCCGCCCCCCCUAGAACCAUCUCAAUGAGAUGCAAACAUGAAAGACAAGAGGAAGAAGAAGGACCGCACCUGGGCCGAGGCUGCCCGCCUGGCACUGGAAAAACAUCCCAACUCACCAAUGACUGCAAAGCAGAUAUUGGAAGUUAUUCAGAAAGAAGGGCUGAAAGAAACAAGUGGCACUUCUCCAUUAGCUUGUCUGAAUGCAAUGCUUCAUACUAACACUCGUGUAGGUGAUGGGACAUUCUUCAAAAUUCCUGGCAAGGCAGGACUCUACGCACUCAAAAAGGAAGACUCUACAUGCCAAGCAGAUGGGACAUUGGAUUUAAGUUGUGAAUCUGAGUUGGAUGGUACUGAAAUGGCUGAAACAAACAAUAGCAAUGGAGAAGAAAAUGGAGUUUGUACUAAGCAAGCACCUGAAGAAAUGUCUUCCGUUCGGGACUCAAGCCUUACGAAUGCACCAAUGCAAAGCAAGCUAGUGUCUUCCUUCCAACAGCACACCAAAAAGGCACUUAAACAGGCAUUGAGACAGCAGCAGAAAAGAAGAAAUGGAGUGUCAAUGAUGGUAAACAAGACUGUUCCUCGUGUUGUUUUGACACCAUUAAAGGUGUCUGAUGAGCAGUCUGAUUCACCCUCAGGAUCUGAAUCUAAAAAUGGUGAAGCAGACAGUUCUGAUAAAGAAAUGAAACAUGGGCAAAAAUCUCCAACUGGAAAACAAAUGAGCCAGCACUUAAAGAGAUUAAAAAAAUCUGGUUUAGGACACUUGAAAUGGACCAAAGCCGAGGAUAUUGACAUAGAAACUCCAGGAUCUAUACUUGUGAACACUAACCUGAGGGCUUUAAUAAACAAACACACAUUUCUUUCCUUACCUCAGCAUUUUCAACAAUACCUCUUGCUUUUGCUUCCAGAAGUAGAUAGACAGAUGGGAAGUGAUGGAGUUUUGCGCCUCAGUAGUUCCGCUCUAAAUAAUGAAUUCUUUGCAUAUGCAGCACAAGGGUGGAAACAACGAUUGGCAGAAGGAGAAUUUACUCCUGAAAUGCAGCUGCGCAUCAGACAGGAGAUUGAAAAGGAGAAGAAAACAGAGCACUGGAAAGAGAAGUUCUUUGAAAGAUUUUAUGGGGAAAAGCUGGGAAUGUCAAUAGAGGAAUCUGUGAAGCUCACAUCUGUACAAAGCAGUAAUGAAGAGCCUUCCCUCUGUGGGUCUUCAGAAUUGCCUGGUCCUUCAAGAGAGUCAGCGUUUGAUGAUCAUGAGGAGAAAAGCAACCAGCUGCCACUAUUGCCAGAAAGAGAUUUUUGCCAUUCCCUUUGCAACAUGGAACAUGUUCCCUCCAAGGAUCUAAUAGCUGAAGCAGAAGGCAUUUUGAUACCUGAAGAAUCUGUUAUUCAAGAGGAAAUUGCUGAGGAGGUUGAGACAAGUAUCUGCGAGUGUCAAGAGGAGAGCCAUAAAGCAGAACAUGUGAAUUCCGAGCAACUAGUCAGCCCAGUUGGUACAAAUGAAGAAACAGAAACUUUGCCACUUUCAGGGAACUCUGAUGUAGUAAGUACAUUGUGUCAAGUUGAAAUUAAGGUGGAGGAGAGAUUGGAACACCCCCAGGAAGAAAUGUCAGUCAUGACCGAUCAGCUGGAAAACAGUUUAUCACCUUCCCAGUCCGCUUCGUCUGCAAACUCUCUCAGUAAUAUGGAAGAAAAGGAUCUGGAAUGUGCAAAAGAGCUAAGUCCUCAUGGAAAAUAUUCCCCUGUCCUUAAUGGUUCCUUAUUCACUGGUGGAAGUGUUGCUGUACAUAUGGAGCUGCAAAGUGACCCUGAUGAACAGUCUUCUGAAAAUGCUUGUAUUUCUGAAAAUUCAUUUUCUUCUGAAAGUCCAGAGGAACCAUGUGUCAGUAUUGCAUCUCCUGGAGGUGACACACAGUCAACUUCAGAGGAACCUUGCACACCAGUAUCUCUUGAAACAGCAUGCUCAUCUGACAUUUCUUGCACUGAAAACACUGAAGCUGAUAGUCAACAAAAACCUAUUGAUGAUCAUCUAAAUACAUCUUUAAUAUCUGAAAUAUCUCCCAUGCCUGCCUCACCUGUAACCUCAGAAGCAUCUCUGAUGUCGAAUUUGCCUCUGACUUCAGAGCCAUCACCAGUUUCCAAUUUACCUUUACCAUCAGAAACCUCACCAAUGUCUGAUGUGCCCUUAACAUCUGAAACCUCCUCAGUGUCUUCUGUCCUUCUAGCUUCUGAAACUUCUCAUUCGAAUAGUCUGUUGUUACCUUUGGAAACAUCUCCGCUUUCAGAUUCGCCAAUGAGUGAAAGAUUUAGUCAGCAGAGAAAAUCACCAUGUUCAUCUGAAGAAUCCCUGUCACCACUGAAAGAAGAAGUGUCUACCAUUGCUAAUAAUUCUCAAGAAGAUGACUUUGCUUCACAGCAGAAACAGAUCCAAGGUGUACCUGAAGCCAUGAAAGCUGUCACACCUGAGGCUUCAACAGUGGAAGAGUCCCAGUCUAGAAACAUUACUAACCAACCAUGUAGAUCACAUACCGAAAUAGAAAAAUCUUUCAUUUCUUCUGUGGCAGAACACUCUUCUCCAGAAGUGAUAAAAAUUAGAAAUCAUGGUGCUCUACAAAGAACUGAAAAGAAAAGUACUGUCUCUCAGCUAGAAGUUUCUGUUCUAACAGAAACAGCAGGAUGCAAAAAUACUGAAUCUCUUCCAUCUAAAUCACAUGAUAAAAUAUAUACCUCAUCCUCAUCAGAAAAGUUGUUCUCGGAAGUGGGUAGAAGUAAGUCUCACAAACUUCAAGGGGCUGCACAGAGUCGGUUUGAAAGUUCUUAUUCAACAAAGUCAUCAGAGCCUACAAAGUCGCCUGAAGUAAGAGGUGAAAAUAGGGACCUGGAGAUUCCAAAGAGGAAGACUGCUGAACACCAUGGUUUUGGUAUCUGCAAAGAGAAGCGAGCGAGAAUUGAAGAUGACCAGGUACAUCGUAAUACAUCAGCAAGUUCAUCUGAGAGGGAAGCACCACCCAGAGAAGAGCCCAGAGUCCCACCUCUUAAGAUCCAGCUUUCCAAAAUAGGCCCCCCUUUUAUCAUCAAGAGCCAGCCUGCUUCCAAACCAGAACCAAGGGCUUCUACAAGUACAUCAGCCAGCAGUGGGAGGAACACAGGGGCUCGAACCCUUGCAGACAUCAAAGCAAGAGCCCAACAAGCUAGAGCUCAGAGGGAGGCAGCUGCUGCAGCAGCAGUUGCAGCAGCAGCAAGCAUUGUCUCUGGAGGUUUAGGGAGUCCCUGUGAAGGGGGAAAGACCAGGACAUUGGCCCACAUCAAGGAACAGACCAAGGCCAAACUGUUUGCAAAGCACCAAGCGAGAGCCCACUUGCUUCAGAACAACAAAGAAGCCAAAUCUCAGCAUGCCUCUAAGGAAGGUCCAGCGGCCCUGGAGAUCUCUGCUUCUUCUGAAACAAAGAUUGAAGGUUCUACUGGUGUAAUUAUAGUUAAUCCCAACUGCAGGUCUCCUAGCAACAAGUCUGUUCACCUUCGUGAAGCUACUGCUGUAUUGCAGCAGUCGCUUAACGCCCCUACUUUACCAGAAACUAGUACUGACAUCUCUGUUCACAAUUCUGAUGAAAAUAUAUCUGUUUCUCAUUUGUGUGAGAAAAUGCUUUCAUCUACCUCUACAGAAAGUAACAGUGUGUCAGUGCUAUAUAAUAAAAAUUCAGUUCCCAUGUCUGUGUGUAGCACUACUAUGUCGGGAGCAAUUAAGGAACUUCCCUUUGCAGGCUCUCUGGAUAAGUCCUCUGUUUCCAUGUCUGUUGAAAGCACGGAUGCAAAACCUUGCAAUGUCAACAUGCUGAAAUCCAUCCAGGGAGCUGACACUCCAUGCAUUGCCAUCAUGCCAAAAUGUGUUGAGAACCCCACUGCACCAACCACAGUAGACAGCACCAUCUUGUCCAGUUCCAUAGAUGAGAAACGGUUGCCAAGCAACAAUGCAAACAGUGCCAUUUCCAGCCAGUACACCAGUGUGCCAGCUUCCUCCAUUGCAAGUAAUUUGCCAAAUCACCUGGUUGGCAGCUCUGUUCUGAUUCCUCCUGUGGGAUCUACAAAUAGAUACUCUGAUAAGAUAGCCAUAACUGGAUGCGGUGACCCUACUUCUUUGUCAAAUAGUAGUUCCGUUAGGGCAGCUUUACAUUGCAGCGAGACACUUCCAGUAGUGGAUUCUGUUGGCAGGACUUCCAUUUCAGUGUUUGCCAGUAAUAUGAUGACAGUAACUUCUUACGAGAACUCCACCAAGAUGAGUGCUGAUGCUAUGGAGAGAAAGUCUGGAGUGAGAAGCCGAUUAGAUGUAUCUGGUAAAUCUUCAGUGGGUUAUGCACAGGCACCCAUGAAUAGAUCUAUACCUUGCAAAGUCAUUGUUGACCACACAACAACAACAAUGAACUCAAACUUGUCACUGGGUAUUUCUGUUGAAAACUCAGAAAACAGCACAGAUAUGCAGAGCAGGCCUCUUAGGACAGAAACUGCCUCACAAAAUAUAGCAUGUCCUCAAGUGUCUGUAAUAAGCAGGCCAGAGCUGCUUACUAAUGAAAAUCUGGAGCACAGCACUGGCUUCAACACUGUUACAGGAAAGCAAGAGGGCAAACGUUUGCAAGCACCAUGUACCAGUCUUCGAGAAGUGCCUCUCAUGCCUCAAGAUAAACGACUUGAAGCUGUUCCCCCCAGCCAAGGUUUUUCAGAACAGUUACGUGGCCCAUUGGCUUUCAAAAGUGAAUCAGACAAUGUCUGUGCCAACCCAUAUAACCCUACUAGGAGAAUCUGUUGGAAUGAUGAUGAGGCAAUGAGCACUGACCAGUCUCUGGUCAGUCAUCUUAAUCCAAAUAAGCAUAAAGAAUAUACCGAGCAAAACUGUUUAAAAAAUGUCAAAACGGAGCCUUUGGGUUUUGCACAUCUAAAUGAGAUGCAUUCGAGGAAUAUUGUGACAAGCAUCGCCAUGCCUGUUAAGUCGGAAGUGAAUGAAUCUGACAAAUGUUUUCGGAUGGACACGGAAGAUUUUGCAAGGCCCGAAAUGCCUCUCCAGGGUGCAGAAAUAGCCACAAGUGCACAGCCAACACAAAACUCCAAGACAUCUGUUACAGAUUCCAUGGAAAACUCUUUGUCCUUGACAACAGAAACACUAAAAAGAGUGACAAGUGCUGGAAGCUCUAGCUGCCGUUUGUCUUCAGUGGAAGCCAACAAUCCGCUGGUGACACAGUUAUUGCAAGGCAACCUGCCACUGGAGAAAGUGUUGCCACAGCCCAGGUUAGGAGCCAAGCUAGAAAUUAACAGGCUUCCCUUGCCUUUGCAAGCUACCUCAGUAUGCAAAUCGGUGACAUCUGAGAGGAAUGCAAUUGAAAACACUUCCAGUUCUCCAAAUACAGAUGGCAGAGGAUUUACAGCAGCCACCAUAGCCCCACUGCAAAUCAGGAAGCGUGAGAACCACCCCAAAAAGAGGAUGGCUAGAACAGCGGGGGAGGUUAAGUGUGAGCCUGGGAAGCCAUCAAUGGAUGCAGUGGGUCCCUGUAUCAUCAAUUCCAGCAUGAGCCAACUUGGGCACGGCCAACUGUUUAAACAAGAGUGGUCCGGCAAGCAUGCCAUUCAAAGCAGAAUUGCACAUAGCCCAGAGAUCAAGCAGCAGAAGAGGCCUCUGCCCUCGUGCAGUUUCCAGCAGAACCUAUUUAACAUUGACAAAAAUGGCAGCUUCCAUGCAGAAGCAGGUACCUCACACAGGCAGCAUUUCUACCAAAUGCCAAUGGCUGCAAGAGGCCCUGUUCCUACCACCGCUUUGAUGCAGGCGACACUGAAGGCCCCAUCUGGCUGCAGCGCCUUUGCAUUCAGCAGGCACCUAGAGCAGAAGGUUUUGGGAGAGGUCAACAUGUCUGCAGCACCUCACCAACUGAGGCUGGCGAGUGUUUUUUCCCCUAACGUUCAAAUUAAGGAAGGUGAUGACAUUUCUAGUGCCUCACAGACUCUGCAGAGCAAAACAUUAGUGCAUCCUCCUCCCCCUCUGCCCCCACCUCCUCCCCCUCCGCCACCCCCACCGCCCCCUCCUCUUCCCAGUGCAGAAGCUCCAUCUGAUCACAAACAACCGGCAGUUACCAUGGAAACCACUAAAAGACUUAGUUGGCCUCAGCCGGCAAGCAUCUGUAGCAAUAUAAAAUCUGAACCCGUUUCUUUUGAGGAAGGUUUAAGCAGCAGCUGUGAGCUGGGCAUGAAACAAGCAUCUUAUGAUCAGAGCGAAGUAAAAGAACAGUUGAAAGCCUUUGCGUUGAAAAAUGCCGACUUCCCUUCCUAUUUACUUUCUGAGCCGCAGAAGCCUUUUGCCCAAUUAACUGCUCAGAAAAUACAGACUCAGAAGCAGCAGCAGCUCUGCGGAAAUUACCCUACGAUACACUUUGGUAGCACAAGCUUCAAAAGGGCAGCAUCUGCAAUUGAAAAAUCUAUCGGAAUUUUAGGAAGUAGUUCAAAUACAGCCCCAAGCCUAUCUAUUCAGAACACUCAGAUUCCGGUUCAGAAAUUUGCUGACAGCAGCAGUGCAGAUGAGCUGGAACUGAAAUGCUCUUGCAGGCUGAAAGCCAUGAUAGUGUGCAAAGGCUGUGGAGCCUUCUGCCAUGAUGACUGCAUAGGUCCUUCAAAAUUGUGUGUAGCCUGUUUAGUGGUUCGGUAGGAUCCAAAGUAGAGAUGCAGUAUCCCUGGUUAGCAGUGGGGAAGGCAAAGGCAAGAAAAGGAGGAACUGGAAUAUUUUAGGCCAUUUUGUAUCUGGAUACAAAAUGUUUCUGGGGAAGCUUUGUUGAGAAAUGAGUUGUACCUGCUUGCAUGGCUCAUCCUAGUGAGAAUGACCCCUUGGAGUAACGUGCACAAAAAAAGUUAAAACAUACCACACUUUCGUUAAAGUACUUUGAUAAAGUAAAGCAAAAAAAAUUAUGCAUUUUCAUUUCUAUUUAUGUGCACAAAGUGCUGAACAUUAUUUUUCCCAUGUAUAAAUGUAACAUAUUCUUUCAGUAAAAGAAUUACGAGAUCCAUAAUUCUCCAAAUUUCUGCGCAUGGAACAGUGUAAGAAUACAGGAGAACACUAAUCGACGAAGAAGAGACAACGAGCAGGAGGAAUAAUAUUCUGCUAUCACUAGCAGGCCAUUAUAGCUACUGCAACUUGGCAGUUUUUGUAACAAUUACAUUCCUGAAGCCACAGUUGCCAACCAUGGUUGACUUAAUACGCAGCAAAAA